GGAGCGUUUUUAGAUCUGCGGCGAGCUCUAAAGGGAAAAUCAAUGGCUAGGACGAGGUGUGUACUGUGUCGUCAACGAUGGUGAAUUUUCACGGGUGAAUCGGGACGCGCGCGAGUAAAACAGGAACAUAUUUUCGGCGCGACGACCGCGAGGAGAUCGAGAGGAAUCUCGCGAUUGUAGCGAGGAGCGCGCUCUGCACCCGGGCGGCGUUGCAUCCUCGCCGACCUCGCCUCGCGCACUUGGCCGUCCUCUCACCAUGGUACCUGAGAACGUCAGCGUGCAUCGGCGAUCCACUGGCAAUCGCAACGUCCGCGGCACGAACGUCCAACGGAAUUUCUACGCGAUGUAUCGGAUCAGAGUCUGCAAUCCGGAUUAAGACGGGCAACGAUGACGACGUGCUGGACGAACCAGGAAAGUCGUAUCGCAAACGCAAUCUUAUUGCACCAUGACGGUUGCAUCGAAGGGACUGAUAUCUCACGGCUGAAAUUGCUUUGUGAAAUUGCCAUUCAUCGCGCGACCUUCGGAUACGAAGCUUCCGCGGGAAAAACGAUCGUGCGUGGCGUGCACGUUUCAGUACGACGCCGACUGUCGCCGGGUAAGGAACAACUGUUAUCAUUAGUGCUCCGACGUAACCAGCUCGGCUAACGAAGCUCACGUUCUCCAAUAAUCGGCCCCGACGUGCGACGGGAAAAUCAGAGGACAGGAAAGAUCGACGCUUUUCUUCUGAGAGAAAAACAGUCAAACGAACAGGAAAAUUGCGUUUGCACAGAUAUCGGAUAGACAAAAAGAAAAAAUGCAGAACAUGUUUGAGGUCGACGAUAACGAUGUCAUUUAUAAAGAUGUUGUCAUCAUAGGAAAUGGGCCCAGCGGGAUAUGUUUAUCAUAUAUGCUCGCCGGAAAUUGGCCUUACUAUACCGGCGAACCUCAUCCUGGCGAUGAUAUGCUGACAGCGCGACUGCGGUUUUGCACUACUAGCAACGAGGAAUGCGGUGAUACGCCGGACGAUGUGAACACUGAUGUAACUAUUAACAAUCGUCGUCAGUGCUCCAAGUCUGGUGUCAGCAGGACGCAAGGAGGCGGGCUAGCAUACAGCACACGCUGCAAACUCGAAUGCCUGUCCUCCGGCAUCGAGGGUAGAGGCGGUGGUCGACCACUGGCUCUUCUCAUGGAUCAGCUGCAGCAUCCGUGUGUCGAUGCUGGGCUCGACGUGCCCUCGCUGCUUGAUUGGGUUUCCGCUAAUGAACACCUCGAGCACAGGAUCGUGGACCAUGUUGUUCUUGGCAAGGGCCAACCAGGCGGUGCUUGGCAGUCUAUGGACCCCAAUGUACUGACUAUCAGUCUGAGUCGAUGGAUGUCACUUCCCGAUUUGGAUCUGAGGCAGUGGGAGAAACUCGUCGAAGCUGAACAGUUACAAAAAUCGGUUUUAGCCGCAGAAAGUGACGUAUAUGCGCGGCUAGAAAAACUGAAUGUUUGUAAGGCAUCUAGUCGAGUUUCUAUGGGUACCGUGGCAGCGUAUUACAAGGACUACGUGCACAGAAAAGGCUUGACACAAUACUUUCGAUGUGGGACCACAGUUACUUCAGUAAGACCGAAUUCGGACUCGCCUAAGAGCAAAGGAGGAUACAAUUGGAUUGUAGACGGGUACGAGAAUAAAAAUGGAAAACGAUUUCGAUAUCGGUGUAAAAGGGCGGUCCUUGCAACUGGCACGACCGAUUUAUCCAAUCAUUUGGGCAUCCCAGGAGAGAACACGAAUCGCCAAUGGGUGACACACGAUCUUAAUGAUCUCGAGACUCGAUUAGGAUGUUUGGUUAGCGAGUACGGCAAAGAUUCAACCGAUGAACAGAUCCCACCCGUGUUAGUAAUCGGAGCUGGUCUGAGCGCAGCCGACGCGAUUAUGGCCGCACGCUUUCGAGGCAUACCUGUGUUACACGCAUUCCGCAACUCGUUAAACGAGUGGGGCAAACAGACCGCCGAGAGAAUAACUACCAGUUACGAUCGACUGCAAUGGCUACCGGAUUCCAUAUAUCCGGAGUAUCAUAAGGUGUACGAGAUGAUGGCUGACGGAGGUACAAAUUAUCCUUUAUACAAGUCUUUGCCAGGAUAUACACUCGUCAGUCUUUCUGAAAAUUGCGAGAAAGGAAACAUAAGGAGGACAGUCACUCUUUCUGCUCCAAACGGUCAACUGCACACGUUUCCAGUAUCUAUUGCAGCUAUUCUUAUCGGAUACAAACCAGACUUGUCUUACUUAGAAGGUGGCGGUAUGGAAUUAGGUAAAUUCGCAGAUAAGCCGAUUGAUAGCAAAUCGAAUCCAAUUGAAAUCGAUGAUUUCACGUACGAGGUGAUUAACGCGCCGAUAAAAGGACUUUAUGCAUUAGGACCUCUAGUUGGUAACAACUUUGUUCGCUUCGUUUUGGGCGGUGCGCUUGGAAUUGUGGCGCAUAUUUUAUGCACCACAAACACCUGAGAGAUUUAACAACCACUCGCUCGACUCAAUCGUAUCUUAGCAAAAUUAUUUUAUAUAUAGAUGCAUUAAUAUCAUGUGACUUCUGCUCAAUUCGUAUGGGUGACUAUCGCUUAGUUCUUAACAUUUAUAUCAAGAGAUUGCUGGGUAAAUGUUUGUAUAUACUAUUGUAUUAAAAUUAUUUUUAUAUUCUUUCCAUAUUAUACCCUUCGCGAGGAAACGACCGAUUUUUAAAUGUACAUAACUAUUUAAUUAUUUCGUCGAGAUACCUCUUAGAGUACGUUUUGCUUAACGCAACGCUUGCGAGCAUCAUUUCAUUCAUGUUAACAAUUGUUGGGGAUGAAAUGAUGCACGUGAGCGUUGCGAAAGUUAAGUGGAACGCAUCUCUAGCGAAAAUUAAAGUGCGAUGAUAGUUACAACAUUUAUUCAGCGAGUGACUUACAACGUGUGGAAAAAGAUGAGUUUAAAUGCCACUUUUGAUCUAUUUUAGAUCUGUUCGCGCUUAUUAACAUUCCAUUUGAUAAGGAAAUUAUAUAUGAGAUAAUAUCAAUAAUAAUUG